AUGGAAGAAAUAUGGGGUGCCAAAUUUGGCAAUAUGGUCAAUAAGGCCAAGCCUUAUGUGUUAACUUUGGGGUUGCAAUUUGGUAUGGCAGGAACAUACAUCUUCACCAUGGCCAGUUUGAAUCAUGGAAUGAGUCGUUUGGUGUUCAUUGUCUAUCGCAAUGCCAUUGCUGCAUUAGCCCUUGCCCCCUUUGCACUCUUCUUUGAAAGGAAAGUUCGGCCAAAGAUGACAUUCUCUGUCUUCGCGCAGAUACUAGCCCUUGGAUUUCUUGAACCGGUGGUUGACCAAGGCUUCACUUUCUUGGGGAUGCAAUACACUUCGGCUUCAUUUACUUCUGCUAUUAUGAACGCCGUACCCUCUGUAACUUUUGUGCUUGCAUUAAUUCUCAGGUUAGAGCGAGUAAACAUCAAGGAAUUACGCAGUCAAGCAAAAGUGGCUGGAACAUUGGUAACCUUUGCUGGGGCUUUGUUAAUGACACUUUACAAAGGCCCUCAAAUUCACCUAUUUCAUCAUCCAAACACAACCCACCAUCAAGAUGGGAGUCACUCCCCUCAGAGUCACACUCACUGGCUCACUGGAACUCUAUUUAUAUGCUUGGGUUGUCUAGCUUGGUCUUCUUUCUACAUAUUGCAGUCCAUAACAGUGAAAAGGUACCCUGCGGAACUAUCACUAUCAUCGUUGAUAUGCUUGAUGGGUGCAUUGCAAAGUGCUGUGGUGGCGCUGAUCGCAGAUCAUAACCCUCGGACAUGGGCUAUCGGUUUAGACUACAGACUCUAUGGCCCUCUCUACACUGGAAUAAUGAGUUCAGGAAUAGCAUAUUAUAUACAAGGAUUGGUCAUGCAAAGCAGAGGCCCAGUCUUUGUAACAUCCUUUAAUCCUCUGUGCAUGAUUAUUGUUACUGCUUUGGGCUCCUUCCUUUUAGGAGAAUAUCUUUACUUGGGAAGUAUCAUUGGAGGGAUCAUUAUCGCAGUGGGUCUCUACUCUGUGGUGUGGGGAAAAGGCAAAGACCAUGAAGAUCACACGUUACCAUCAACCACAACAAUAAAGGAGACAGAAAUACAACAGUUGCCAAUUAUCAUACCAAAUGGUAAAUAA